AUGAUAUCAUCCCAGGCAGUGGCUGCAUUAUUGCUUUUGCCUCUAAUAUUGGGAUUAAGCAGUGCUGAUUCUAAAGUAACAAAUAAUAUUGCUGGUUACCCACCAAUGUGGGACCUUGUUCCAGGGAAUCUGAGUGAUUUCAGCAUUCUCAAUGACAAGGUUGUAAUCAACCCCUGGGAUUAUCUGGGAAGGAUGGGGAUGUAUAAAAUACUAUUAGAUGUCACAGCACCAUUUUUGGAUAUGAAAGAACCAGGCAACAAAGAGAACAUACUUUGGGGAUUGCCUUUGCAAAAUGGAUGGCAGUUUCGUACAGAUCGGUUGAAAGACUCAUCUAACCAGCCAGCCUGUAGCAAGAACAGUGAAAACCAAAACUCCAUCUCAGUUAGAAGUUGGUGGGCUUGUAUGAAUUAUUACUUGGCUGUCAUUCCAUUCCUUGGUGCUCUUGAUGCAGGAUUAUUUGAAAGUUUUCCAUAUGAAUUAGAAAUUUCUCCUCCAGAAGAACUUGAAUGUGACUUUUGCUAUAACACUACAGAAUGCCGCCUAAUGUCUCCUAAUGCAAUGGAUGGAUGGACGGCUUUUUUUGAGUAUAUCAAAACAUCAAAUCAAAUAUCUAACAAAUCACUGCCACCAUUAUCCAAAGAAAAAGAUGGGUUUUUAUCCUAUAUGUGGAAGGCUCAUGUUGAGUCUAUUAAUGCUGCACUACCACGGUGCUCAAAAAGGUUAAGCUACUUGUCAGCACCUGAAAGAAAAUUUGGUUUAGACUGGGCUACGGCAGUUGAAUUCAUUGCAGCCACCAACUUUCCAACUGAUUUGCAGAACACAAACGAGUUUCAGGCUUUCCUCCCACACAGGAUACUGGUAAAAGGUGACGUGGCUCCUUUCAUCUCUGACUUUUCUGAACAGGAAAACAGGGUUUUGGCAACUUUAGGGUUGCUCAAAAAUGUCAACAGUUUGACAGGUGGUUUUCUUUUGAAGCAAUGGAAAAAAGCCAUGUGCUCUGAAAAAGGAAGAGCUGAAGGACGAAAUCUUCUUCAAAAUAUGAUUACAGGCAACGUGGUGCCAGAAACACUUAUUAACAUUAUUAUAGAAUUGGUUAAAAACCCUUCAUGCUGAACGUAGAAGAACAGGAACACAUAAAGCAAUGAUCACAUUUAGCAGGAUUAUAUUAUUACAAGAGUGGCAACCUGGGUUUUUUUUAUAAGUUAAUGCUAUUACACCUAAUUUUCCAAUUAGCAACUCUUGUUUAGCUCAUUCCCUUCUCAUUAAGAAAUGUCUUGCUGAAAACACAAAUGAGGGCUUUGUUAAUUAUUGUUCUAAGUGAUUUUAAGAAGAUAGAUUGAUAUAAGGCCAAGCAAUCACCGGACUGAUACAUACUGCAGUGCCCUUGCACUCUAUUGUGAGGAUUGGCAUGAAAUGGGACUGUAAUAUGAAAGAUCAGACUUGAGUAGGGACAAUUGCUUUACCAUAAUCACUGAAUGUUAUUUUCUGCUGAGCUAAUUAAGUGAUUUGUGUUACAAACAAACAGAAGCAAACAGCAAUUUCAUUAAGCCCACUUCAGUGAGCUGUGACGACGAUACCACAGUCAAUAUUGAGGAUUUUACACAUUAAAAAGCAUUAAUUGUUUACUUUUCCGUCCAUUGCUUAUGGAUCAGGUGCUACAGUUGAAAGCAUUGACUAAUGCCACAAGUACAUUACUUUGAGUAUAAUUAAAAUCUUUACAGUGUUACUUUUUCGCCAAAACAGGUAGAUUUCAGGCUUCACGUGUACACUCACUGGAAUCAAUUUUUCAAGCCCAUAACUAUAUUAUAAGACCUUUGAAACAUUGCCCUAAAAAGAAAAAUGCAAAUAAAAUGGAAUUAAGUUUGAUUAACUGUUUGAUUACCUAAUAUCUC